CCCACCCCUCAGCUCAUCCCAUCUAAAGACUCCUGCCUGCCGCCUGGGGCUUAGGGCUCCCAUUCCCCUGCAGUGCACGAGGGACGGGGCUGUGUCCCAGAGCCAAAUCAGGAGGCUGACGCUGACUCCUGGCAUCACCUCCCAGACGUGGUGGCUAUAAUUAGGCGUAGUGGGGUGUGAGUGUGGCCAGAGGCCAGGUUACAGGAAGAGCCAGCCUUGCUGCCUGUCUCUAGGGAAGGGUGGAAGGUUAAGUAGGUCUACAUCCUAGAGCUAUAGAGCACCCCCUGCCUUGCACAAGGUCCUUUAGUCUAAAGUUCUUAGCAAGGUGCUGUUUGACACCUUCAGCUGUACACCCUUCCACUCCCCCUCCCCAUACACACCGCAUCACCAGACACACACCCAUAAGCUGACUUCCGCUGAGCCACAGCUUCCCCUCCACUGUUUCAGGAAGUCACCUCCCUUCCCUUUAGAAGCACCCCCACGCCUUCGGUCGUGUGCUGAAAGCCACCCACCAAGCUCCUUCCCAGCUUCUGCACCCUGGGGUUCCCCAGGACCCUUGGGGCUCCAAGUCUCUGGGUUUGGGCCAUGGAGGCAGAUGCAGUGAGUGAAGGGGGGGCCAUGGCAGAGGAGCGGCCCCCCCGACUGGUGGAUUACUUUGUGAUAGCUGGACUUGCAGGGAAUGGAGCACCUGUCCCUGAAGACACGUGGGUUCCUGAGCCCAGCGGGCCCCUGCGCCCUCCCCGGCCAGCGGAACCCAUUACAGAUGUGGCAGUCAUCGCGAGGGCACUGGGCGAGGAGGUUCCCCAUGGCUACACGUGCAUCCAAGCUUCCACUGGGGGCCACCCCUUGGAACUCAGUGCUGGGCUCCUGGGUGGAACUCAGCCUGUCAUCUGCUACCGUAGGGGUCGUGAUAAGCCCCCACUUGUGGAGCUGGGGGUGUUAUAUGAGGGGAAAGAACGCCCCAAGCCUGGCUUCCAAGUGGUAGACACAACACCCUACAGUCAUUCAGCCAACUUGGCCCCUCCAGGCCCUGGGCAUCCCCGCACCUACCUCACUUACCGGCGGGCAGCAGAAGGGGCAGGACUACAUGCCCUGGGCAUCACUGACCUCUGCCUGGUGCUGCCCAGCAAGGGCGAGGGCACUCCUCAUACUUACUGCCGAUUGCCCCGCAAUCUCAACCCUGGCAUGUGGGGCCCAGCAGUGUACCUGUGCUACAAGGUGGGCCUGGCCAAGGCCAACACGCUGGUGUAUGAAGCAGAGCUGCUGGGCCGCUACCCAGAGGAGGACAAUGAGGCGUUCCCGCUGCCUGAGUCAGUGCCCGUCUUCUGCCUGCCCAUGGGGGCCACUAUCGAGUGCUGGCCUGCCCAGACCAAGUACCCCGUGCCCGUCUUCUCCACCUUUGUGCUCACGGGUGCAGCUGGUGAUAAGGUGUAUGGUGCCGCGCUGCAAUUCUACGAGGCCUUCUCGAGGGCCAGGCUGUCAGAGCGGCAAGCUCGGGCACUGGGCCUGCUGAGUGCCGUGGAGCGCGGCCGGGCGCUGGAAGGCCGGGCAGUGCGCAGCCGACGCGCCAUUGCUGUGCUGUCCCGCUGGCCUGCGUUCCAGGCCUUCCGCGCCUUCCUUACCUUCCUGUACCGCUACUCUGUCUCGGGCCCCCACCGCCUGCCCUUGGAAGCGCACAUCUCCCACUUCAUUCACAACGUCCCUUUCCCUUCCCCACAGAGACCCCGCAUCCUAGUGCAGAUGUCUCCCUAUGAUAACCUGCUCCUCUGCCAGCCUGUAUCCUCACCCCUGCCCCUCAGUGGUGCCAGCUUCCUGCAGCUGCUGCAGAGCCUGGGUCCUGAGUUGGCGAUCACGCUAUUGCUGGCUGUGCUCACAGAACAUAAACUACUCGUCCACUCGCUGCGGCCAGACCUCCUCACCAGCGUGUGCGAGGCCCUUGUGUCUAUGAUCUUCCCGCUGCACUGGCAGUGCCCCUACAUUCCGCUGUGCCCGCUGGUACUGGCAGACGUGCUGAGCGCCCCUGUGCCCUUCAUUGUGGGUAUCCACUCUAGCUACUUCGAUCUGCACGACCCACCUGCUGACGUCAUCUGUGUUGAUCUUGAUACCAACACACUCUUCCAGACUGAGGAGAAGAAGCUCCUCUCCCCUCGGACCCUGCCCCGAAGACCCUACAAGGUUCUGCUGGCCACACUGACAAACCUGUACCAGCAGUUGGAUCAGACAUAUACUGGACCCGAGGAGGAGGCAUCCCUGGAAUUCUUGCUGACAGACUACGAGGCAGUGUGUGGCCGACGUGCCCGGCUGGAGCGUGAAGUUCAGGGAGCUUUCCUCCGCUUCAUGGCCUGUCUACUCAAGGGUUACCGGGUCUUCCUGCGCCCACUCACCCAGGCACCCUCUGAGGGGGCUCGUGAUGUAGACAACCUCUUCUUCCUGCAGGACUUCCUUAAAUCCCGGGAACGCUCCAGCCACAAGCUGUAUUCUCAGCUGCUCCACACACAGAUGUUCUCACAGUUCAUUGAGGAGUGCUCUUUUGGCUCUGCUCGGCAUGCUGCCCUUGAAUUCUUUGACUCUUGUGUUGACAAGGUCCACCCAGAACAGGAGAAGCCAGAGCCGACCCCCUUAGUGGAGCUGGAGGAGCUGUCAGGAAGUGAGCUCACUGUUUUUAUCACACCUCCCGAAGAGCCUGUGGUGCCAGAGGGCAGUGAAUCCACUCCCCAGUAUUGCUAUGAUGGGUUCCCAGAGCUACGGGCUGAGCUGUUUGAGUCGCCUCAGGAGCAAGCCGGGGCUUUGCCUGUGCCAGGCCCAUCCCGCAGUGCUCCCAGCAGUCCUGCCCCCCGCCGUACCAAACAGGAGAUGAAGGUCGCACAGCGGAUGGCACAGAAAUCAGCAGCUGUGCCUGAGCUGUGGGCCCGGUGUCUGCUGGGGCACUGCUACGGGCUGUGGUUCCUGUGUCUGCCUGCCUAUGUGCGGUCGGCGCCCUCCCGGGUGCGGGCCCUGCACACGGCCUACCACGUGCUGCGCCAGAUGGAGAGCCGCAAGGUGGUGCUGCCCGACGAGGUAUGUUACCGGGUGCUGAUGCAGCUCUGUUCGCACUAUGGGCAGCCUGUGCUGUCCGUGAGGGUCAUGCUGGAGAUGCGACAGGCAGGCAUUGUGCCCAACACCAUCACCUACGGCUACUACAAUAAGGCUGUGCUGGAAAGCAAGUGGCCGUCUGGUACACCGGGUGGACGCCUGCACUGGGCCAAGCUCCGGAAUGUCGUCAUGGGCGCUGCCCAGUUCCGCCAGCCCUUGAGAGAACGGAGGCGGCAGCAGCAGCAGCAGCGGCGGCGGCAGCAGCAGCAGCAGCAACAGGAGGUGGCAGCACAAGAGGCAGGCAGUUCCCAGACAGACCCCUACCUGGAGCGCCCCUCGCCUACCCGCCCUCUUCAGCGACAGACGACGUGGGCUGGGCGAAGCCUCCGGGACCCAGCCUCACCCACAGGGCGCCUGGUGAAGAGUGGUAGCCUGGGGAGUGCCCGAGGUGCCCAGUCCACUGUGGAGGCUGGUGUGGCCCACAUGAUAGAGGCCUUGGGAGUACUGGAACCUCGGGGAUCACCUGUGCCCUGGCACGAUGGAAGCCUCUCAGACUUGAGCCUGACUGGGGAGGAGCCAGCACCUGAAGGCAGCCCAGGGGGCUCAGGCUCAACCCUGAGUACCCAGUCCACUGAGGCCCUGGAAGGGCUCAGUGGGAGGGUGCCCAAGUCUGGUGGGCGUCAGGAUGAGACCAGUACCCCCCGACGAGGGCUGGGUGCCCGCCUCCAACAGCUGCUCACUCCUUCUCGCCGCUCCCCUGCCUCUCGUGCUCGUGCUCGUGCUCCCGCACCUGAGCUGCCCCCUGACCUGCCUCCCCCAGCCCGCCGCAGCCCCAUGGACAGUCUUCUGCGCCCCCGGGAGCGCCCUGGAUCCACUGCCUCUGAGAGCUCGGCUUCUCUGGGUAGUGAGUGGGACCUCUCAGAAUCUUCUCUCAGCAGCCUGAGCCUUCGCCGUUCCUCAGAGCGCCUCAGUGACGCCCCUGGAUCCUUUCAGCCGCCUUCCCUGGAAAUUCUGCUGUCCAGCUGCUCCUUGUGCCGUGCUUGUGACUCGCUGGUAUAUGAUGAAGAAAUCAUGGCUGGCUGGGCACCUGAUGACUCCAACCUCAACACAACCUGCCCCUUCUGCUCCUGCCCCUUUGUGCCCCUGCUCAGCGUCCAGACCCUUGAUUCCCGACCCAGUGUUCCCAGCCCCAAGCCUGCCCCUGCUGGCACCAGUGACAGCAAAGACGCUCCUGUCCCUGGGGGCCCAGGCCCAGUGCUCAGUGACCGCAGACUCUGCCUGGCCCUGGAUGAGCCCCAGCUCUGCAAUGGGCACAUGGGGGGUGCCCCCCGGAGGGUCGAGGGUGGGGCAUGGGCAUACCUGAGCCCCCUGGUGCUGCGUAAGGAGCUGGAGUCACUGGUAGAGAACGAGGGCAGUGAGGUGCUGGCGUUGCCUGAGCUGCCUGCUGCCCACCCCAUCAUCUUCUGGAACCUUCUGUGGUACUUCCAGAGGCUGCGCCUGCCAAGUAUUUUGCCAUGCCUGGUGCUGGCCUCCUGCGAUGGGCCCCCGGGCCCCCAGGCCCCAUCACCUUGGCUAACCCCUGAUCCAGCCUCUGUGCAGGUGCGGCUGCUGUGGGAUGUCCUGACCCCUGACCCCAAUAGCUGCCCACCUCUCUAUGUGCUCUGGAGGGUCCACAGCCAGAUCCCUCAGCGGGUGGUGUGGCCAGGCCCAGUACCUGCAUCCCUCAGCCUCGCGUUGCUAGAGUCUGUGCUGCGCCAUGUUGGUCUCAAUGAGGUGCACAAGGCUGUUGGGCUCCUGCUGGAAACUCUAGGGGCCCCCCCUACUGGCCUGCACCUACAGAGGGGUAUCUACCGUGAGAUCUUAUUCCUGACAAUGGCUGCUAUGGGCAAGGACCAUGUGGACAUAGUGGCCUUUGACAAGAAGUACAAGUCUGCCUUUAACAAGCUGGCCAGCAGCAUGGGCAAGGAGGAGCUGAGGCAGCGGCGGGCACAGAUGCCCACCCCGAAGGCCAUUGAUUGCCGAAAAUGUUUUGGAGCACCUCUGGAAUGCUAGGGACCCUUAAGCUUCCUUCUCCAGCCUGGGGUGGGGAGAUGAGGGAGAAUGGAUUCAAAAGAUAACCUGCUUCCCUAUUCCUUUCCUAAGGAGCCGGGAACAGGCUGGGAAGCAUGCCCUGCUCUGGCUUCCAAGUGGGGGCAGGAGGAAGAGGGGCCCUCUGUUACCAAAAGUCACAAUUCCCCUAUCUCCAGCCUGCCCAACUUGCUCAUGCUGAGGUUGGAGGCGGCCUGGGGGAGUUGGCAAAGCUCUGUUCCUCCCCUUCCUAUACCAGGAACUCCCCUCCAGGGUACUCAGAGAGCUGCACUGCCCUGGUCAUUUUAUAAGUUUUUGUUUUAAAAAACAAUUGGAAAGAUACAGAGCUACUGAGCCUUUGCCCUGUAGGGGUCGGAGAGACGUCAUUCCCCACCAAUGACGGCCCCCUUCCCUGGAUUGCUGAAGGAGCCCGAGGCUCUCCACGUCUUCCUACCUUAGGAUUUGUAUUUUAAGUUAUUUAUUUUGAGCCAUAGCCCCCUUGCUUAUGAGAUUGUUAUGGACAGUAAAGAAAAGGGAGAUGGGGCACCAUGGUCCAGUGGUCUGUAGCUCCUUGAAGUCAGGAUGUGGAAGCUAGAGGAAUCCCAAGCUCCCCUGAGGAAGAAUUGGAGCCUCCUCUAGCUCUACUCCUGUCCACUCCACCAGUUUGGGGAACACCUCAUCGACCCAGGACCCUGAUUUGUGCAAUAAGGAUUGCUCCUUGCAAAGUUUUGUUGGAUGUAAAUAUAGUAAAUAAUGCUUCGGUCUUUUU